GCGCAUGUGUUAACAAGAAAGCCUCAUAAGGCCAGCUGUUCCUACAUAGUGAUCCUACAUUCCUCUCUCACUUCAAACGCGCGUCGACACCGGAGACUUGAGAGACAACCUUAUUGUUGCAGACGAUUCUGAAAACGUCAAAGAGAGAGAGAGCGGGGCGCUGCGUGCCGUCCUCUCCUUUUAGCUCCCUGCUUGUUUGCCCCCCUCAUCAAUUAUACACCCCCGUUUCUUCUCCCCUUUGGAAGCCAAUGAACCACCCCGAGGACGGCGUGCGCAAGCUGAACUCCUUUCCGCCGCUGUGGAAGGAGGUAGCUAACGUGUGCAACGUCGCCUUCCAAAAGGUGAAAAAGCGUCCCUCGCACGACCUCGGCAAGGACUAUAAUGAGCUCCUCGCUCAAAUCUGCGAUGCCUACGGACUAGUGUACGACUUGACCGCGUACAAGUGCUCCAACUACCCAGCCCUGGUGCGCGGUAGCAACUCCACGCCGGUGGUCGGCCAGACGGAGGAGAGCACGCAGGUGCUGGUGGUGUACUACCUCCUGCGUGAGCUGCUAAAGCGGCAAGUCAGCAUCGUCAAGACGACAAUCCAGAAGGACUCGCUCAACUCUUACCUGGAUGCGUUUGAGAAGUUCACGGCGGGCGCCAACCUGGUCAAGCCGAUCUUUACCUAUCUGCACUGGACGUGGCAAAAGCGGGGCAUGCCACCCGAGCACGUGAUUCAGCCGACGGAGAUUGUUGUCGGUCACCUGUGGCUGGACGUUAUUCUCUCGCAGGAGCUGAAGGAUUCGUUCAGGGCGAAGGUGAACGAGAUUGUCUGCCGCGUGCGCUCUGGCGGUGCUACCAGCGUCGGUGAGAUGGAGAGCGUGAAGCGCUUCUCCCUCAACCUGGGCUGCGCCACCGACGUGCGUCUCGUCCUCUACUCCUCAGUGGUGGUUGAGACGUACCUGGGCAGUCUCCGGGCCUACUACAUGGACAAGAAACCCACCUACAAGCAGCUUGGCGUCGUGGAUUACAUCCGGCAGUGCGUGAAGGUGGUGAAGAAGGAGGACGUGCUGGCACGGUGCUUCCUCAUGCGCUCCUCCUACGGACAGGUGAGCGAGGAGGUGCUCAAGGUUCUCCUGCUCGACGAGAAGGAUUACUUGCAGCCCUAUUGCAAGAAGUACCUUGACGUGUCGCAAAACGAAGACCCGAUGCACCACAAGGAGUUCCUCGUCGCUCUCUACUCGCUGCUCGGCGGCGGAGCCGACAAGUCGUGGAUGGAAGACCUGCUGAAGAGCACCGUCGCGCAGUACACGGCGCGGGAGCUGCGCGCGACGGCCGGUGCAAGUGAGCCCCAGGUGGCGCUGCGUGUGCUGCGCGAUGCGUUGCACGUCUACGAAGUCUUUGUCGACCGCGUCUUCAACAACUCCAAACGUCUGCGUUCCGCCAUUCACGACGGCAUCGCUGCGAACCUGGCCGAGUUCGAGAGAGGCGGCGAGGGCGGCGACAACGCGGCGAAGCUCGCCAAGUGCCUCGCCCGCAACGCCGCGGAGGUGGUGAAGACGGCGCCGCUGAGCGAGCUCGAAAAGGCAGACAACUGGGUUGCCGUCUUGUACCGCCUCUCCUCCAAGCAGGACGAGUUCAACAAGGCCUACACGCACCUCUUGCAGGAGCGCAUCGUGGCGAACAUGUUCAGCUUUGAGCGCCACACCGACUUCGUCGCGCGGGAGGAGAGCUUGCUGUCGGGGCUCCUGAUGCGAGAUUCCAACUUCGGCUUCGUUUUUGACUGUAUGCACAUGGUGAACGACGCGAGCCGCAGCGAUAGGCGGGUGCCGACGGUGGAGAAUCAAUUGACGGUGCGGCCCUGCGUGCUCGGCGCCUACGCGUGGGGAGAAGUGCGGCGCGCACGCGAGCUCGAUACGCGGCUCAUCCCUGUCGAGCUGCUCUCCAUUGUCCGGUCUCACAUUAGCACGUACGAGGCCGUGAAGCACGGCCGCAAGCUGCUGUUUUCACCGGAGCACUCCGGCUGUCGGGUGCGGAUGUGUGUGCCAGGUUGCACCACGCCGGUGACGCUUGUGGUGUCGCUGCUGCAGACGCGUCUCUUGCUCGCGAUGAAUGCGACGAGCGAGUGGACGCUGGAUGGGCUGUGCGAGCGGAUCGCCGCAACAAGCGCGGAGUGUCUCCGCGCACUCAAGCCCUUUCUCCAAACCUCACUGCUGGAGGAGAAGGCGUCGAACGUCUUCGUGUUCGACGCGGCCAACAUCGCCGCACAGGGUAGCGCACAGGAAGGGUACGAUCUCCGCUGCGUAGACUUCAACACGCAUCAGAGCCACGCCGGAAAGUACAGCCCGUCUGCACGCGCAGACAAAACGCACGCGUUUGCGAUUCAAGGGGCCGUUGUGCGACAACUCAAGGAGAAGGGGCCGCUGCCGUUGGAAGCGAUCAUGACCAGCGUCGGAGCCGUCUUGAGUAAACUGUCGAUUCAAAAGCGAGAUAUUAAGAAAGUGUUGGAGAAGCUGAUCGAGCGCGAAGUGGUGAAGCGCGACGAUGCAACUUUUUCAUUCAUCCCGUGA